AUGGUGUCCCCGGUCACCGUGGCGAAGAGUGAAGGCCCCAAACUGGUCCCCUUCUUUAAAGCCACUUGUGUCUAUUUUGUUCUUUGGCUGCCAACUUCCAGCCCAUCCUGGUUCAGUGCCCUCAUUAAAUGUCUGCCCAUCUUUUGCCUGUGGGUUUUCCUCCUGGCUCAUGGGAUUAACUUCUUAGUGUCACACCGGAGUGCCAGCUGCAUCCUAGCAGGACUCAUAUUCUCAGCAGUGGGAGAUGCCUUUCUCAUCUGGCAGGAGCAGGGCUACUUCAUUCAUGGUCUGCUGAUGUUCUCCAUCACACACAUCCUGUACUCUUCAGCCUUUGGCAUGAAGCCUUUGGACCUCAAAGCCGGCUUGCUGAUGGGCGUUGUUUCCAGCUCCUGCUAUGCCUUCCUGUACUCCUACCUCUCGGGCCCCUUCACCUACCUGGUGGCCGUCUACAUCGGCCUAAUCGGCUUCAUGGGCUGGUGGGCGGUGACGGGCGUGCAGCUGUGCAAUGACCUGUGGACGUGGACCAAGCUGUCGGCCUGCGUGGGUGCCAUGCUCUUCAUGGUGUCGGACCUCACCACCGCGCUCAACGAGUUCUGCUUCCCUGUGCCCUACUCGCGCUUGAUCAUCAUGGCCACCUACUACGCCGCCCAAAUGCUGAUUGCGCUGUCGGCCGUGGAGACCAGAGAGGAAGAGGACUUCAGGGAGAGGAGCUAGGUGGAGUGCCAAUAGUCUGUGAACACAUGGGUUGUGUCUCAGGUGCUGUAGCUGCAUUCGCCCCUGAGAGAGAUUGCCAUUUCUCUAGGCACACUGGUGUUGAUUUUGCUUCUUUGAAGCAUUACCUUUGGGAAUUACUUUUUUUUUUAAUUGGCUUUCUCUGAAUACAGCUUACUUCAGUGUGGCGUCCCCAUCAGAAUGCUUAGACUGUCCCUCCAAUAGCUACUCAUUCAAAUUUUUCUCCUUGGAAGUGCUCUACUACUGCAUUUUGCUUGUAAGUCUUGAAAUUGAUGCUGAAUGUCUGGGAAGAGGAGGUCUGGUGGAAAGGAGGUUUGGCCAUGAACUGUGCUAAAAGGCUUGCUCCCGACUGUAGGCAGACAAGCACAGAUCUCUGCUAAAGUCAUAGGUAAAAGUUAAUUUAACC